AGUAUCAAAACAAAUGAAAAUAACGAAUUUCCGAGCUUCCAAGCAAUCCUCCCUCCUUGGCAUCGAGAUUUUAAAAAUGGCAACUGGAAUUCAUUGUUUAAUCAUUCUUGGGCAUCAAGAACUGCCGCGGAAUCUGCUAAAUCAACAUGUCCAAUAAUAAAUCUUGACUUUCAUAAAACCAGGCAAGCACAGCUAAAACAAUCACACACAUGGCCCGCAUCCGCUGCUUGUGGCGGUGGGCCGUCGUUCUCUGCGGCGUCGCCGUCCUCCUCAUCCUCCAAAUCUACUCCUUCUCCGCCCAAUACAAUAAGAUAGCGCGCGUGUUGGCACUGCAGGCCCCCCUUCUAAGCUUCCAAGAACUCGAGCAAGUGGAGUAUGUCACUCUCCUGCCGCCCUACGGCCUCAAACACCCUCAAACGAUCAACCUCAACGACGAGUUCCUCAACGAAUCCUCCACCGCUCGCACCAUUUUCUUCCCCAGCUCUUGGCAGGGCACCCUCGAUCCAAGGAAGACCAACAUAAACACCACCAACCACUUCUACUUGCCUGAAAAGCUUUGGCUCGACACCGACGGGAACCCGAUCCAAGCCCACGGCGGCGGCAUCCUCUUCGAUGAAAAAUCCGAGACCUAUUACUGGUAUGGUGAGUACAAAGACGGCCCGACUUACCGCGCCCAAGCCACUGGCACCGCACGCGUCGACGUCAUCGGCGUCGGCUGCUACUCCUCCAAGAAUCUCUGGGCGUGGAAGUUCGAAGGCAUUGUGCUGGCGGCCAAGGAGACCGACGCCGCCCACGACCUCCACAAGCUGAAGGUCGUGGAGCGGCCUAAGGUGAUCUACAAUAAAAUAUCUAGUAAGUACGUGAUGUGGAUGCAUAUCGAUGAUGCGGAAUACAGCAAGGCCGCGAUCGGUGUCGCGGUGAGCAGUUCCCCGACCGGGCCUUUCGUGUACCUAGGCAGCGCGAGGCCCAACGGCUUCGACAGCCGCGACAUGACGGUGUUCAAGGACGACGACGGCACGGCGUAUCUGAUCUACGCCUCGUUAAGGAAUAAGGAGAUCCACAUUAGUCCUUUGAGUGAGGAUUAUCUCUCAGUGGCGAACGUGACGGCGAGGGCGCUGAUCGGGAUGCACCGCGAGGCGCCGGCGGUGUUCAAGCACGGAGGGGUGUACUACAUGGUGACGUCCGGGUGCAGCGGGUGGCUGCCGAACGAGGCGCUCGUGCACGAGGCGGAGUCGAUGCUCGGGCCGUGGGAGACCAUCGGGAACCCCUGCGUGGGGGCCAACAAGGCGUACCGCGCCGCCACGUUCUUCUCGCAAGGCAGCUUCGUGCUGCCGAUGCCGCGCGGCGACAGCGACGGUGAAGGUGGCCGGGGUUUGUUUAUUUUCAUGGCGGAUAGGUGGAAUCCGGCGGAUUUGCGUGAUUCGAGGUAUUUGUGGCUGCCGUUGACCGUGAAGGCGAGGAAUGAGAGGCACGCGCCGUUUCCGCUGUGGUCGAGAGUGGCCGUGUUUUGGCAUGAGAGAUGGAGGGCUCCUAUUAAGGAGAAUGGAGAGACCUAUUAUGUAGCUCAGCCGUUUCAGUUUGGAGAUGAUUUGUGAAACACAACAAUCGUGCUCUGUUUUCAACUGCAUCUCCAGAAUUAAUGUAAUUUAUUCAUUUCAAAGAGUUAUAUGUCAAUACAUAAGUUGUUCGUUAAAUAUUUGCAUCUUGUAUCUA